CAAGUAUUUCAUGAUCUGCUGCGCUCUGAGGAAGAAUUUGUCAACGAACUGCGAGCAGUUGUUGAAAUUUAUGUCAAGGCACUGGAUGAUCCAAGUAUUGCGGAAGAAGUGAAAGCAAAGAAAGAUGAAUUGGCACUGAACUUGAAGCAGCUUCAUAAUUUUCAUGCGAACGUUAUGCUCAAAGGCUUACAGUACUAUUCCGAUGAUCCUGGCAAAGUUGGUCAAACGUUUACGCGUUUGGAGCGUGAUUUUGAUCUGCACAUUCAGUUUCACCACAAUUUACCGCACGUCAAAGAAUUAAUUGCUCAAAAACCAUUUCGGGAUUUUUUCCAGGUAUGUAAAACAGCAGGUAUGAAUUUGAUUGAGUAUUAA